UAGUUUGUUAGCUGCCUGGAGUGUUAUUUUAAGAAAGCAGAAGCCCCAUCAUUUGCACACUCCUUAUAGAUCACACACCUUAACCCUGACUUCUUAGCUCCAGUUUUUCAAAAGAAGUGAAGUCAAGAUGAAGAAUUGUUUGCUUUUUUGGGGAGUCCUGGCCAUUUUUGUUAAGGCUGUUCUUGCGACAGCCCAAGAUGAAAAUGAAAGGAUUGUUCUUGUUGACAACAAAUGUAAGUGUGCCCGGAUUACUUCCAGGAUCAUCCCUUCUGCUGAAGAUCCUAGUCAAGACAUUGUGGAGAGAAACAUCAGAAUUAUUGUUCCUCUGAACAGCAGGGAGAAUAUCUCUGAUCCUACCUCUCCAAUGAGAACCAAGUUUGUGUACCAUUUGUCUGACCUGUGCAAAAAAUGUGACGCUACAGAAGUGGAGCUGGAAGAUCAAAUAGUUACUGCCAGCCAGAGCAAUAUCUGUGAUAGAGACAUUGAGACCUGUUACACCUAUGACAGAAACAAGUGCUACACAAACAGGGUCAAACUUGAUUAUCGUGGUCAGACCAAAAUAGUGGAAACAGCUCUGACCCCGGAUUCCUGCUAUCCUGACUAAUUCAACUCAUGCUGACUGCACAACUGCUUAUUUUGAAGGGCUCUCCAUUUUGAUCCCAGGUAGUUAAUAUAUUUACUCCUGAUAAAUUUGAAACCAUGAUUUUUUUGGGGGGGAUAAUAUAAAAUAAACUACCCCACCCCUACCACUGGCAAAUAAUGGAAAUAGUAACACUGUUACAUUUUUAAGGUAAAUUUCUAGCAUUUAAAAAAUAGAUGAGGGGAGAAAGUAAAAUUCAAAAAGUAAAAAAUCAGGAGGCAUAAUUAAAUUUUGCUUUUUUUUUUUGGUUUUGCCGUAGAGAGCCUGAGCUUUUGCGCUUUCCAUACUAGUCUCUUAAAAAAAAAUCACUGUGCAGAGAAUAUUUAUAUGUAAAUAUAGGUCAAUUAUUUGUCUUCACUAGAAAAAUAAUAAUUAGAAAACAUGUUUUGGAAAUAUUCAUAAAAUAAUUUAAAAUGAGAUCUCUAAUAUUUAUGAAAUAAAUUAGCUGAAAGUGACAUAAUUAAAUGUGUAAUUGAAAAAUACAUUUUGACAUAACAGAUUUGGGAGCAAAUGAUACGGAUUUUUUUUAAUAAAAAUUUCUUUGAUAAGUAGAACAGUAUAAGAAAUUCCCAUUGAAAUCACCUCUGUUGUAACUAAAUCUAACAAAUUAUGUACUCCAAAAUAUGUAUUCUCUAGCACAGUUUGAACAAUUAAAUAGAUUCAUAAGCAUA